AUGACGGUUGUCUUGUUGUGUAGCCGCAUUGUGGCGGUCUACACGACAGCGGUGGACGCUACAGGAGAGUCUGAUGUGAUUGGCUCACUCGAACCAGUUACAGUAGUAGUUGGCGAUGAUGUCAUUCUGCCAUGCCACCUGGAGCCCCCAUUCGAUGUGAAGAAUCUAACGGUGGAGUGGACAUGCAAUAAAAGCAUUGUGCAUGUCUAUAGAAGUCUGGAGGACUAUCUAGAUAAUCAGGAUCAGAAGUUCAAAGGAAGAACAUCUCUCUUCCGUGAUGAAAUGACCAGAGGAAACAUUUCACUGAAACUGACCAACGUCACUGAACAGGAUUCAGGAAAUUACAGCUGCUUUGUUCCCAAACUGCACAGUCAGCUCAGAAAAAGCAACGUUACGCUCAUUGUUGAGACAAAGCAGGGACUCAAUGAAAGCAGACAGACUAAUCACACUGGUGGCAUUAUUGGCAUUUCUGGUGCUGCCAUUGCUGGUGCUGAUAUUGUUGGUGCUGCCAUUGCUGGUGCUGCCAUUGUUGGUGCUGCCAUUUUUGGUGCUGCCAUUGUUGCUGUAUUACUAAAGAAAAGACAAGACCAGAGAGGAUGCAACGUAGGAAACACAGAAGACACAGAAGAGGAGAAUAAUCCUCAAGCAGUGAUUCUGAUCAACAGGCCGAACGCUAACGAGAGUGAGGAGAAUAAUCCCGAGACUGAGACUCUGAUCAACAGGCCGAACGCUAACGAGAGUGAGGAGAAUAAUCCCGAGACUGAGACUCUGAUCAACAGGCCGAACGCUAACGACUGUGAGGAGAAUAAUCCCGAGACUGAGACUCUGAUCAACAGGCCGAACGCUAACGAGAGUGAGGAGAAUAAUCCCGAGACUGAGACUCUGAUCAACAGGCCGAACGCGAACGAGAGUGAGGAGAAUAAUCCCAAAACAGCGGAUCUGAAAAACGACAUAUCAACGACACAAAAUUGACGUGACUCACCUAUGAAGUCUCAUAGUAAUCCACCGAUCGAUUAUAUUCCAACAAAAACGGUCUUGUUACGUUGUCAAUGGUCCAGAUGAUCCAAUCCAGCAAAAAGAUUUAGCCCAAAACACAUUAGUCCAUCAUUAAAUCCAAAGGGACCGUUUCAUAUUUGCCAACAGAUGUGGCUCGCAUGUCAUUAUAACCAUAAUAACGCAGAUUUGAGUGUAAAAAACUACGAUAGCUUGUAUUCAAAUUAGCUGCUGAACUCUGACCUUUCGAGUGACACCAAAUUCGACCCAAUACGAGCUCACAUCUGUUUUACAACCUUCAAUAGCCAAUGAGAGCCAAGACUGUAAGGAAGGGCCAGCCCCUAUUUCAUGGGUAGGCCGAGCCAAUUGCAAGCAAUUGUGCCACUAAAAUUCUGAAAAUAACAAUAUCCAGCUUUAAGUAGGAAGUUCAUGAUCUACCAGCAAACAAACACAUCUGCAUGGAGCUACCGGCUAAUGCGGAGCGAUGCAGCAGCAGCCUUCCGCCAAGGGGUGGUGCUGUUUUAGAAAAAAUACAGACAUACACUUAGAAAAACCU